ACAAAACUAGUUUUUAGAAAAAAUAAGAGGAAAAAUAAAAGUUUUUUAUUUUUUAUUUUGGGCUUUCACAACUCUGCUUCACCAUAAAUGUAAAUAAAGUGACAGGGUCUCUUCAAACUGAAUGGGGGGCACCUUUUUUUAUUUAUGAAUGAUUUGACUCAAACAAGGUUGUGAUGAAUGGGCUCAGUAAGUCGGAAAUGGAACUUCUGGCUUCUGCUUCUUCUUCUACUUCUACUACUUCUACUUCCCCUGACUCUCCUCCCAACACUUUAAAAUUUGGUCAAAAAAUCUACUUUGAGCAUGUUGGACCUCAGCACCUCAAAUCAGCAACUGGGUCAUCGUCAUCGCCGCCGGUCACCGGAACUCCGGCGCCGGCGAUGUCCAAGAAAGUAAGAGGGGGUGGUGUAGUUCAAGCUCGGCAGCCACCUAGAUGUCAAGUUGAAGGGUGUGAAGCAGAUCUGAGUGAUGUUAAGGCUUACUAUUCAAGGCACAAAGUCUGUGCUACACAUUCUAAGUCUCCUGUGGUCAUUGUUGCUGGUCUUGAACAAAGAUUUUGUCAACAGUGUAGCAGGUUCCAUCGGUUGCCAGAAUUUGACCAAGGGAAACGCAGUUGCCGCAGGCGCUUAGCAGGCCAUAAUGAGCGUCGCAGGAAACCUCCACCUGGAUCUCUUUUGUCUAAUCGCUAUGGAAGUCUUUCUUCAUCAAUAUUUGAAAACAAUGGCAGAUCUGGAAGUUUUCUGCUCGACUUCACUGCAUAUCCGAAUCUCACUGGAGGUGCAUGGCCAAAUACUAGAUCAUCUGAGCGAGGAUGGGAUAAUCAAUCCACUGCAUCAGUGAAGCUUCUCCAGAGUCAUUGGCUGAACAGUUCUGAAAAUCCUACAUCCGACCUUGUUCUGCAAGGUUCAGUUGCUAGGGGUGCCAAUUAUUCUGGUCCUGGUAUUAUUCCUUCCGGAAACUGCUUCUCUGGAGUCUCAGAUUCCAGUGGUGCUCUCUCUCUUCUGUCAAAUGAGCCAUGGGGCUCGAGGAACCAAUCCUCUAGCCUCGGGGUUAACGGCUUGGUUAACACUGAUGGCGGACAUACCGUUCAGCCAUCGGGUUCCCAUGCUGCUCCUGUCAAUCACUACUCAGGCCCUCUAUGGGGAUUUAAAGGAAAUGAAGCUAGUAGCAGUUCACAUGCAAUACCUCCUGAUCUCGGGCUGGGUCACAUUUCUCAUCAUGCUGUCAAUCAGUACUCUGCUGAGCUUGGAAUGGCUCAGCACAGUGGAAGACAGUAUAUGGAACUGGAGCACUCAAAGGGUUAUGAUUCUUCUGUUCAAAAUGUGCACUGGACACUUUGAGUGCCAUCUCCUUCAUAUCUAACUAUCAUCGUCGUAGGAAGACUUUUGUUCAAUAAAUGGCAUCGUGUUUGUAAGGGUGGAUGUUGACUAAUGGCACUUUUUAUGAUGCUACCUUUGUGCAACUCUCCUAGACUCACUCAAAAAUGACUCUGUGGUUAUUUUAUGAAUUGUGUGUACGGUUUAACUUCUUGUUGCUACCGUGUACUUUGCAUUUCUUUUUAAAGCAGCUUAGUGUUUUCUUC